CAGUGAGGAGGGUGCUGGGAAGGGGGACCGGCUCCGCGCUGCUGUGGGACCCCUGAGGCGCGGGCACAACACCCGCUGCUGCUGGAGCAGCGCUGAGGGGAGGGAAGGGGCUUGGCAAGGCGAGGGAGAAGUUCUCGGGGGGCUGUGAAAAGCCAUUUUCUUCCUCCGAUUCCUCCUUUCCUAUUCCUCUACUCCUUUUCCUAUUACAUUUUUCGUGUUUGUCUCCUCCUUAUAUUCCUCCUUUCCUAUUCCUCCUCUCCUUCUCCUAUUCCUUUUCUCCUGUUUCUGUCCCUCUCCUCCUUCUGUUCUUUUCUUCCUCCUCCUGUUCCUCUCCUCUUCCUGUUUUUCUCCUCCUCCUCUUAUUCCUGUUCCUCUCCUCCCAUUCCUCCCCUCCCUCUCCUGUUCUCUCCUCCCUGUUCUUGCAUUCCCCCUCGUGUUCCUUCUCUCCUCCUAUUCCUCCUCAUCUCUUCCUCUUAUCCAUCCUCUCCUCCUCAUCCUUCCUCCUUUCCUCCCUCCAUUCCUCCUCCUCUCCUCUUGCUGUUCCUCCUGUUUCCAUCAUAUUCUUCCUCUCCCUGUCCUGUUCCUGCUCUGUUUGCAGACAGACAGACAGACAGGCCGUGGCUGAGCCCACGCUCUCACACGUGUAACAAAACAAUUCAAGACUUUCUGCCAGGUUUUCGUUUGUUUCCAUCAUUUCCUGAAAGCUUUUAAGUCAUAUGGGAAGUGGUUGGUGAAAGCAGCCAAACUCAGUUCUUUCCCUGCAUGUUCUUACAUGGCAGAAUAUUAUAUAAAAAGCUGUAGAUUUAAUUUUUUUUUUAUUAUUGCUUUGACCUCAUCUGGGUUUGGAUUCUUUGGCUGAGCUUUUGCAGCUUGUUUGCCCCCAGGUUUCCUGUAAUCUUCUUUUUGGUUGCACCAGGCCUCUUCCCUCUGCUUCAAACACAGUGUUGCUGUGCUGUGGUUUUCCUCCCCUCCCUUUCCUCAGGAAUUUAUACUCUGGUGAAAUUACUGGGUAGGAAAAGUGACUUUUGGAGGAAGGCAGAGCCAGCAGGGAGGGUUAAUGUUCAACACAACCUGCUGAUUUGUGGCCAGACCCAAGCAGGUUUCUCAUCCAAGGACCCUUUGCUCCAUGUCCUGCUGGCUGUGGAUUGGGAAAUGCUGCCAGAGAUCCCCUGGUGGUCCCUGAGCCUCUGAGGAGCUCCUGGGAAAUCUCUUCCCUGGGAAUUCCCCAGGGUUUGGCAACACUCUGCAAACUCUGACCCUGGCUGGGCUUUUUGGGAUCAGGGAAGGGUUUUGCAAGGGGAUUGCAGCAAAAAUCUCCUGUGUCAGGGCACGUUGGCUGACACACUGUCACACUCUGGUCACCUUUCAGGGGGAGCUGGGGAAAAUUUAUGGGAAGUUGGGCAAAUGUUGGCUAAUAAGGGAGAAAAAGUGCUCCAUGGCACGUGCUGGGGAGGAGCUGAGCUGGCAGAGCUGAAGCCUAAUUCUGCACCCUCUGCUUCAGCAGUCCCUGAAUUUGUGCUGGGGCUGCACAGAGGGUGCAAAAAGCAGCAGGUUUGGGGCUGUACAGCAAAAUGGGACUGAGCUGUGGCCAGCUGUGGGUUUCUGUGCUUGGCUUUGGGAAAUGCCCUCUGGGCAGCAGGAGACAGGGGGAUUCUGUCCCUGUGCCCAGGUGAGAGCUCACCUGCAGAGCUGGAGCUGCUCCAAGGGCUGGAGCACCUUCCCUACAGAGCCAGGCUGUGAGAAGGGUGUGGGGAGACCUCACAGCUCCUUCCAGGGCCUGAAGGAGCUGCAAGGAAAUUUGAGAGGGAUUUCAUCAGGAGUGGAGUGGCAGGACAAGGGGAAUGGCUUCCCACUGCCAGAGGGCAGGGCUGGAUGGGAUAUUGGGCAGGCAUUGUUCCCUGGGAGGGUGGGCAGGCCCUGGCACAGGGUGCCCAGAGCAGCUGGGGCUGCCCCUGGAUCCCUGGCAGUGCCCAAGGCCAGGUUGGACAGGGCUUGGAGCAGCCUGGGACAGUGGAAGGUGUCCCUGCCAUGGCAAGGGGUGGGAAUGGAUGGGAUUUGAGAUCUCCUCCCACCCAAACUGUUCUGGGAUCAAAAUCUCCUGGUAAGCUGUAGGGAACAAAGCCCAAAGCAGCAGGAAGGGGGGUAGGUGGGGGAACAUCCUUAUUUAAAAUCACCUGGCAGAUUGCUCCAGGUUUGGAAGGAGCAAAACCAAACACUGUAAUUCAGUGAACACUGAAGCAUUGGGAAUGUGAGUGAGGGAAGAAGUUACUUGUCUAAAAUAAAGUAAUUUAAAAUUUGUGAAGCCCCCCAGGCCCAAAAGCUCAUCCAGUGAGUUACUGCUCCUUAGCCCACUGUCCUUUUCAUCCCCUCAUCCUGUGUUGGCUUUUGGAUUCCCAAGUGGAUUUUUCUGCCCACUCUGAGCCCUGGAGCCAGAUAGGAUAUCUUGGCUCAUCUCUUGGCCUGCAAGUGUUGUUUGCACUUGCCUAAAGAAGGUGAUAGCCCACAGUGCAAGGUCUGUGGUGUGCAAUCCAUGGGAGGAGGUGGAACGUCCUUCCCACUUCUAGGGUCUGGAUAAAGGACUGCAAGCUCAGGAUGCUGGGGCCUGUGUAAAUAUCCUUGGCUGGGUUUCACUGUGGCAUGUGUGCCUGUUCUUUUGAAUGGGGGUGAGGAAAUCAGUCUGGUGCUUGGUUUAAAAAGCAGUUUUUAAAGAUGGUGCUGUGCAGCUGCCAGGGAAAUGCACCUUGGAAGGAUGCUUGUCUCCCUCCAUUGUGUCACCUGGGUGGUUAGGCCAGGCCUGGAUGUUGGAGAGGAUGGAAGACAGUGCCUGAGCCUUGCAAGGAGGAGAAGAAGAGGGAAGGUGAAUUUGUCCCCCCAGUAACUGAGAGGCAGGAUGGGUUUCACAGCUGCUCCCAGUCCCUAGGUAGCGACAGGAGAGCAAAGCCCCCGUGUGAGGAGCUGGCAGCCAGCAGUGCUGCAGCUCUGUCCCCAAAAGGGGAGUGUCCCUGAGGGAUUGGUAGCCCACAGAAUUAUUUUCUAAGCUCUCUAAAGAUAUGGCAUUGUCACAUCACUUCCCCAGCCCUGUAGGUUCUCAAAAGCAGGAGAUAAAGAAGAAUAAUAGACUUUAUAAUGUGCUGGAGGACAAAUUUGGACAUGGUUUGCUGUCAAGGAGAGAUGGAAGGGGAAAAAAGGACAGGGGUACACUGCUUUGCUGAUGUGCUGUGGCUCCUGGACUGUCUGUCUGGGUGGUCCUGGGGUUUUUUUGGAGGUUGUGUGUGUUGGGAGAAGCAGAACAUCUUCAGGAGUGGCCCUCACACCUGGGUGAGAAGCAACAGGAGCUGAGAGAUUACAUGGGAGGAAAGUUCUGCUUGAGUCACUCAGCAAGAACGAGCAGUCAGCCAAUGGCCAGUCCCAGCCCAGGGAAUCCACAAACUCUCAGUUCAGGAAGAUGAGUGGAGAUUUCCCAUCAGCCAACGGAGAGGCUGGGGGGGAGGCCCCCAAGGGCUACACUCAGGACCAGCUGGAUGCAGUGAAGAGGGUAAAGCAGUGCAAAGAUUACUAUGAAAUUCUGGGAGUCAACAGAGAAGCUUCUGAUGAGGAUCUGAAAAAGGCCUACAGGAAACUGGCCCUGAAGUUCCACCCGGACAAGAACCACGCACCAGGGGCCACAGAGGCAUUCAAAGCCAUCGGGAACGCGUAUGCCGUGCUGAGCAGCCCCGAGAAGAGGAAGCAGUACGACCAGUUCGGGGACGAGAAGCUCAACCCCUCCCGCCACGGCCACAGCCACGCCGACUUCCACCGCGGCUUCGAGGCCGACAUCUCCCCCGAGGACCUCUUCAACAUGUUCUUUGGGGGUGGCUUUCCUUCUAGCAAUGUCCACGUGUACAGCAAUGGCAGGAUGAGGUACACCUACCACCAGAGGCAGGACAGGCGGGAGCACCAGGGAGAUGGCGGCCUGGGGCUGUUUGUCCAGCUGAUGCCCAUCCUCAUCCUGAUCAUCGUGUCAGCUCUCAGCCAGAUGAUGGUCUCCAGCCCACCCUACAGUUUGAGCCACAGGCUGUCUGUGGGUCACACACACAGGAGGGUCACAGAGCACUUGAAAGUCCCCUACUACGUGUCCGAGAGCUUUGCCGAGGAGUACACGGGCACCAACCUGAAGAACGUGGAGCGGAGCGUGGAGGACGACUACAUAGCAAACCUUAGGAACAACUGCUGGAGGGAGAAGCAGCAGAAGGAAGGCUUGUUGUACCGGGCACGCUACUUCGGGGACUCGGACCUGUACCAGCGGGCACAGAAGAUGGGCACCCCCAGCUGUAGCAGACUGUCAGACGUCCAGGCCUCCCUGCACGGAUAGUGCCAGCCCAAGUACGAGCCGGGAGCAGGGAACCCCCAGUGCUUUGAUCACUGAAACCCCUGAUUGAGACACAGCCCUCCAGGAGUGUCCUCGGGGUGCACAGGCGCAGCCUCCCCUCCGACGGCGCUCCCUCGUUAAUCAGGAAUCGAUUGGGUUUAGUUUGCAUGUCGGCACCCUCGGCUCUCUCCAGGCUCCCUGUUUUCUCUGGCCUCUAGGAACAGGGCAGAAUCCCUUGGUGAGGUUGGAAGUUUCUCAGGCACUGUGGCAUCCUGCCCCCACAUUUUAAUGAGCCCUUGGUUUUGGUUGCUUUGUUGUCUGUUUCGCUGGGAAAGCUGUUAGUCCUGGCACGUGAAGCAGCACGGUGACAGGGAAUGGAGUCCCACCCAACAGAUGUUCCUUGUCCCCCCUCCUGUUGCCUUCCCAUUCAAGGAGAACAAAGCAAAUGCUCCCAGCAGGUUGUAGAAGUAACUUACUGGGUUAAAGUGGCAAUCAAAGUAAGAGCAGCUGGGGGGGAGGUCUGGAAGAUUUGGGGGUUGGAAGGCUUGGAUUAAGGAGAGCCCAGAUAACACGUGAGACAGGAUGUGCUGGGAGAACUGCACCAAAAUAAUGAAAAAAAUUGCCACAGAGUUUGGAGUCCUUUUUCUGCAUAAAUUUUUGGGCUGGUUUUGCCUACCAGGUCCUGCUGGGCUGCCUGUGAAAUGUGCAGAUCCCGCUACCCCUGUCCGAGCACAGGAUUUCUAUGGAAAAACUGCUGGGUGAAGCUUGUUCCAGGUGUUGUGUGGACACCGUUCUGGCUCACAGGGACUCCUUGAGGAUGCUGGCUGUUGAGCUGCUUGAUUUGCACUUUUGGGGGAUGUUUUCCUCGGCAUCUGAAAGUUUGGCCUUUAAAGCAAAUCCUCUGUGGCAUAUUGGGCUUUUCUUUGGGUGUAUCCUGGUUUUGGAUCCGUUCUUACCAUGAUCCUCCCGCUCUCUCCUUCGGAUGACUGCGCCUCUUCUGGUGUUAAUUACCUGCUUUUCUUAAUUCCCUCCCUGCACCCGUGGUCUGGAAAGAGCCUGGAAAAGCUGCUGCCCGUGCUGUGGGGUGGGGAAGCGAGGGGGAGUCACAGACUGGCCGGAGACUGACCCCGCUGCCGCUUUUGUUCCCAGAGCGUUGAAACACCCGAAGACUUUUGGGGAAGUGCACUGGGCCGAGGUGACAGACUUUGCUAUUUUAAAAGAAUCAAACCUUAUCCUAAAAAUGGAAUCGGAGAAUUAGCAACGCACAACUGCCCCUCUUUCUUCUCUCUGCCUCUCUCUGAUGAUCUCAGGCAGCACCUGGGACAGGAAAUCCAGCUCUCUGUCUUCCUCCUCCCCUCCCAACACUGCUGGCGUGCUCCCAGGAUCCCACAAGGAUCCCACAGCCCCUGGAACAGACACACAGAGUGUAGAAUAACCCAAACUAACUGCAGAAGCCGUGAAGCAGAAGGAGACCCUUCACCGCUGCCAAUGGAGAGAGAAGUGGGAUUUUGUUGAUAAAAGAAGACACUAAAGAAAAAGAAAAUAUAAUCUAUAUAGCAUUAAUUUAUAGCUGUAUAUAUGUUGUACUUUUAAACUAUGCAGGGGUUGGAUAAUUAAAUUAUUUUGGUUUCUGCCCAUUUUAAGGAGCAGGGCAGCAGGAGGCCUCUUCCCAGGGUGUCUCUGUCCACAGCACUUUCCUGCCUGGAAACCAGGAAUCCCUUUGCAGUUGCUGUCCUUUGCUCCUGGGAGGACAUUCUGUGGAUGGGGAUGUCCAUGCACCUGCUCUUGGGGUUCUGAUAACACCAAAUCCCAAAGGUGCAGGGGUCCCAGAGAAGGGGGGAGCCCGUGCAGAGCCGUGGAUUUGCAGCGUCGGCGGGAGCCGCAGGUCAGCUGAGCCGCUCGCCAGGGGAAGGAUUGUCCUGGAUGGAUUUUGCUCGUCAGUCUUUGGUUGAUUUGUGCAUCUAACUCCUUUUUCUGCUGAGUCUGCUGGAAUUCUGCCUGGUAAUCAGCGUGCUCCGUGCAGAGAGGGCUUUCCAACAGCCCUUUGUUGGGAGGUUUUGUGCUCGGGUUCCUCACCUCCCCCCCAGGCACUCAGCAUCGCUCCCAGGUGCAGCCUGGCCCUGCCCUCUCACCCUGCCUCGUGUUUCCUGCAGGACACCUGGAAAAUGCCACAGAUCCAUAGGGAACAAAGUAUUCUGUUGGAAGAAGUUCUGCUGGGGGAGAUCAGGGGGUGUCUGAUCUGCCCUCUGCCUGCCCCACCACGGGCAGGACCAGCGUGAGGCUGCUCCAGGGGAGGAGCCAUCUCUUGGAAGCGAAGCCAGCACGAGCAGAGCCACCUCCCAUGGAAUAAACUGGAUUAUUUCAUUUUUGGAUGGGUUUUUUUUUGGUUUUUUUUUUGGUUUUUUUUGCUGCUCUGCAGCUCAUUUGUGUCUAAAGACAUUUCCAGUGCAGACCAUCCCCUGGCAUGGUCAGGGGAGUGGACUGGGAGCACAGCAGCUCCCAGCUGGGCUGGCAGAGGAGGUUUGAUCCCGUUGUCCUUAGGAAUCCAUGCGCUCUGUCUUGGCUGUUUAUUUAUUUUGUGAAAUCUCAGCCUCCCGUUGGCUGCAGGCCCUGUUAUCCCACAGCCACCAUGGCUUGGACCUGAUUUUAAGGAGUUUUAUUAUUUCUUUUAUUUUUUAAUGGUUCCUCCACCUUCAGAAGAAAUUGGGUGGAAGUUCAGGAUUGGAAAUGGCGCUCGAUAGAGGCACAGGGAUGAUGGGAAUGGGGUUAAACCAAAAUCCUGCUCCCAGAAAGGAGCUGGAUGUGUUGCCCAGUGCCAUUCCCUGCCUGGAGCCUGCCUGCCAAAACCUUCAGGUUAUUUUUUCUGGUAGAUACCCACGGAUCACAAGGAGGGAGAAGGCAUCGAUCCCAGUGGAUGCUCACAGAGGCUGUAUCUCUCGAUUUAGUUAAUUAUACAAUUGUACAUCUAUAAAUAAAUGUUUAUAACGUGAAAGGCUCCA